GCCCUGUAAGAAAAAGGGAAACUUAAGGAUGCUGGAGCAGAACAAUGGAUUUCUCCUUCUCUUUCAUGCAAGGGAUCAUGGGAAACACAAUUCAGCAACCCCCUCAGCUUAUUGACUCCGCUAACAUCAGACAGGAGGAUGUCUAUGAAGCCAUCAGUGACCCAGGAGAUGAUGGAGGACAGCAAAACUUUGAGUCUCCUUUGGAGUCAGGCUUUCCUUACCCUGCUGAAGACCUCCCAGUCAUUACAAACGGCUACCCGACAGGCGUAGGUACCUAUGAGCAACAGGCCAAGUUUGCUUUGUACUCACAGUUCCCCAAUGGCUCAGCUAAUGGCUACGGAGCCAUACGAAACUAUGGGGAUCACGGGUUGUUGCUUGGUGAGGGUACAGUAUUGAGACCACCAGUGGUUCAGGAGAAGCCUCCAAGCCACAUCUCACCUCCACCUCAUCAUCCUCCUCACCAUCACCUGCAGCAGCAACACCAACACCAACACCAUCCACAUAACCCACCACUGUUACCUCACCACCAUCACCCGCCUCCUGCCUCUCACCUAAUGCCUCAAGUCUUGCCACCCCCUCCUCCAUUGCUCUUGCCCUCUUCACCGCCCCUCCUGUCACCUCAAGAAAGCACCGUCUCCAACCCCGUUGCGCAAUCCACCACCACUCCUAAAAAGACCAGCUCCCCAGAGAUCAAAAUAAAGAUCAUUAAGACCUACCAAAACGGCAGGGAGCUGUUCGAGUCCUCACUGUGCGGGGAUCUGCUGCAAGAGUUUCAGGCCGGUGAGCCUUCCAGGAGAAGACACGAGCAGAAGAAGGAAAAGAGGAAAAAGAGAAGCAGUAGACAUGGUGCUGGUCAAGAAGAGGAGAGCCAGCAGCCAUGCAAAGGCGUGGAGGAGCGCUCAGGGGUGAUUCACAACUCCGCACAACCCAAAGAAGGUCAUGUUGCAUUCAGCGAAGAGCAACCUUCAUUAACCCUCAAAAGCCCCAAAGCAGAACUGAAGGAACAGAAAGUUGAAAAGCACUUUCCUUCAGUCAUCACUAGCACUGGCUCUGGUCAAGAGUAUGAGAUCGGUGACUUGGUGUGGGCUAAGGUUGGGACGUAUCCUUGGUGGCCAUGCAUGGUGUCAUCAGACCCUCAGUCAAAUGUUAAUAUACGUCUUAAUAAAAGAGGUGUUAAGGAAUACCACGUGCAGUUCUUUGGGAGUGUCCCUGAGAGGGCCUGGAUCCAUGAGAAGAGAAUUGUGGUGUACAAGGGUGAGAAGAGAAAGCAGCAGCGCCGAUCUGUGCGAAGCCGUUCUGAGUCAGAGAAGACUGUGGAACCAGUGCCAAAAAAGAAAGUGAAGAAAGAACAG